AACCAGAUUAAUGCAGUUCGGAAAACCUCGGGAGGGAGGGGUUCCCGAGGAGGUGGAAAAUGUUUACAGCGCUACGCACUGUUUCCUGUUCUGAAGUGGGUUCAAAGGUGGUGAAAGGUAUCACAUCAUCUUGGUCCAUUCAAGCCGUUAUACACGCUAUGGCAAAACCUAAAGAAGACUGGAAAUCUGCCACUUCCAUAUAUGAAUUUUCUGCCAAAGACAUUGAUGGGAAUGAAGUUUCACUAGACAAGUAUAGAGGUCAUGUGGUUCUCAUUGUCAAUGUGGCCUCUAAAUGAGGGUUCACGGAGAAGAACUACACUCAGCUACAACAACUGCACAAAAAGUACGCUGAGGAAAAGGGCCUUAGGAUUCUUGGAUUUCCCUGUAAUCAGUUUGGAAGUCAGGAACCUGGCACUGAAGAGGAAAUAAAGAAAUUUGCCACAGAAAGAUAUGGUGUAGAGUUCGACAUGUUCAGCAAAAUAGAGGUGAACGGAAAUAAUGCCCACCCACUGUAUAAAUUUUUGAAAUCAAAACAAGGAGGCACUUUAGGAGACUUUAUUAAAUGGAACUUUACAAAAUUCCUGGUGGACAAGAAUGGGAAACCUGUGAAAAGAUAUGCACCCAACACAGAACCUUUUACUGUUGAAAAAGACUUCCCCUCAUACUGGUGACAUUUAAAACAAGCUCUUCUCUAGGAAAAUGUGUGCUUAAAAUUUUAGAAACAGUUUAUGGCAGUCUGUUCAGGUAUUAAUCAAAUGAUGGAGCAUCCUCUGACUUGAAGACUUAAUGAAGGCCGACUCUAAAACCAAGCAACUCUGGUGGAGCCAGCCUGAUGUUAUUUUGUGCAGUUUUUGUCUUUUAAUUCAGCGUAUGUUUCAUUGGACUGAAAAAUUCUUGAGCACACAGCACUAAAAUUUUGACCACACAGAUUAUACAGUAUACUUGUAUUUAGUGAAUGCUUAUUGAUGAUGUAUUUUAAUCAGACGGUUAUGAUUUCUUUUCAUUUUAAGACCUUGUUGUUGUGACUUUUGUUAUACAAUAAAAGUAUUAAUCUUAA